AUGUUUAAAAUUUCAGACGCAAGCUCAUAUCAAUUACCACAAGACGAAUAUGGGGAAGUGGUUAACUUCAAUAGUUUGCCUGGGCAGCAUAACCAAAUUAUAAACAGUAAGGCAAAGACGCUUGGACAUGUUAACUCAUUGAAUUCUGAUAAUGAUGAAGGUAUUUUAUUUGGACUUGGUUUAGCAUCUCCUACUUGUCCUACAGAUCGAAAAUUAUCUAACUCUCUCCUUCAUGAGCAAAUAAGCCAUUGGAAAAAUCUCUAUUUUUUGCCCAAAAACCCGCCCUCUGAGUGAAAAUUUUUUUUUUUAUAUAAUGAUAAUAAUUAUUAUAAUGAAAUCUCGAGUAAUUCUGAUUAAUUUUAAACAUAAUGCAAUUUAAAAUAUAAAUUUCUCAAACUUUUACUUCUCAAUUUUUAAAAUUGGAAAUUUUUUUAAAUUUUCGGGGAAAAAAAUCUAUAUAAAUUUUUAAAAAGAAAAAAGUUAACCCCCUCCAUAAGUGAACAAAAUUUUUUUGUUCACCCACGUAGGGGGGAAUAAACAAGAAAUUUAUGAAAUUUUUCAAGAUGCCUUCAAAAGAAUGAAAGGAUUUUUGAUGUUUAGUAAGCUGUAUAGAGAAAUUCAGGAUUUUGGAACUUCUCCAAAUCUCUGCACUUUAAGAAAAAGAAAAAAUACCACUUUUACAUGAAUUGUUGUUGAUAAAAUUAGGACUCAUUAUUUUCAUAAAGAUAAAAAAAAACUGACAAAUUUAGGUCUACUUUUCCAUCCAGACAGUAGAUGCAAACAAUAUUGAAAUGUCGUCAUGCUGGUAUUACUUUUUUAUGUGUUCACAGCUAUGCCUUGAAUAAUGGCUUUUCAGGAUGUCGAAGUAGGUGAUAAUCUUUAUUAUCUUGAAACUUCUGUUGAUGUGCUGUUUUCGAUUGACAUUCUUGUAACCUUAAAUACAGCAUAUUUCGAAAAAAACCAAUUUUUGAUCACAAAUCGUUUCAAAAUAUUUUGAAAUUAUUUCACAGGGCUUAUGAUAAUUGAUGUGGUCACGGUAAUGCCAUUCAUUCUUGCAACAUCUGGGGGGAGAAAUAGAUCGAACUCACUUAUAAGAGUUGUAAGGAUUAUUAAAGUUUCAAGGAUUUUCAGAGCUACAAAAUUGUCAAAAAUAUUCGAAAAUGUUCAGAGCUCAGAGAUUUUGACUGAUUUUAAUAGGUUUUUAAAGCAGAAAAAAGCCUUUGUUAGGCUGAUAGUAGUGAUAUGCAUAAUUCUCAUAAUGGCUCAUUUUUUCGCAUGCAUGUGGUACUGGACAGCUAAGCUAGAAAAUUUCGCAUAUGAUACAUGGGUUUUAAGAUAUGGAUGAGCAGAUUUAACCAAGGCUGAGUUAUAUUUGAAAUCUUUAUAUUUCGCAUUUACAAUAUUGACAACUGUUGGAUUUGGAGAUAUUACAGCUUCUACAAAUACUGAACAGAUUUUGGUUAUUGGAUGGAUGCUCUUUGGAAUCGGUUUUUAUUCCUUUUUUAUUGGAACCUUAAGUUCUAUUAUUGUAUCUUACUCCCAUAUCCCAAUAUUUGUGAGCGAGUAAAGCCAUUGAAAAAUCCCUAUUUUUGACUAAAAAUAACCCUUCGUAAACGAACAAAAUUUUUUAUGAAAAAUAUUUUGAUAUAUAAGUAGUAAUUAAUAUAAUGAAAUAUUUACAUAAUUUUUACAAAUUAAAUUAAUAUUUGCUUUAAAUUAUUUGAAUUGGGAUUUUUUAAAUUAUAGGGAAAAAAUUAACUUUGUUUUGUUCAUGAACGGAGUUAUGAUGUAGAGAGGUCUGCUUUAAAUGAAAAAAUUGGGAAAAUAGAAGAUUUUUCAAGAAAGUUUAUGCUUUCAAAAGAAUUGUGUAAAAAACUAACUCUACCCGCUUCUCUGUGAGGGAGCAAACAAGUUAUUACUUAUAGAUUGUUUUAUAUAUAAUUUUAAAAAAGCAAUUGGAAAGUAAAUAUUAAUAAGUAAUUUUUAAGUUUUGGAAUUAAAAAUUUAAAUGAAUAAUAAAAAAUUUCAUUAUAAUAAUUAUUAUUUUAUAUUGAAAUACUUUUAUCAGAAAUAGUUGGGUCCUCGCGUGUGAGACCUUCCCACAAUAAUGCCAAAGCAUUACAGGAGGAGUAAAAAAAGUCAUUAGGAAAGUUGAAAAGAAAUAUGAAGACAAUGAUGAAGGAAGACUUGAAGUUAUAAAAAAACUCCCUAUAAAGUAUAAAUAUAGAAUCGCAAUAGAAAUGAAUAAUCACGCUUGCCAAAAAAUCCCUUUUUUUCGAGAUCAAAGUAUAGUGCAGAAACCUGUUUAGAUGGUUCUUGGCUGGGAGAAUGCAGCUCAAGCUAAUAAAAAUGAACCAACUCGAAAAGUUGACAGAUGCCUAGUAUCAGGCUUAUAUAUCAAAUUCCUUGAGUUGGCUUGUCAGUUUGAGCUAGAGAGCCAACUCGGAGAGUUGUACUGCAUCUACCAGGCCAAGACCAUCUAAAAGAGUUCCUGGGCUAUAUAACUUUUUUGUGUGAUAUCGUCCCAAAACUCAAUACCUUCACUGUAGAAGAAAAUAACUUUAUCUAUCGAAAGGGUGACCAUCCUGAAGAAAUUUAUUUCAUAGCUGAAGGGAGAGCAAGUUAUGUGCAUGGCCAAGACAAUUUUGUAUAUAAAUACAUCAUUACUGGGUCUUACUUUGGAGAUAUAGAAUUUAUAAAAAACUGCAAGAGAAUUCAUUCAGUGAUGGCUGAGACCAAUACCUUUAUGCUGACAAUGAACCAUAAUCUGUAUUCAUAUAUGAUCGAAACUUAUCCUAAUACAUAUCGGUAUUUAAAGGAGUAUGCUGAGAUCAAAGUUACUAAAUGCAGCGAGGCCUUAAAAAGCGUUAUGAAACUAGUUGGAGUUAAUGAAAGACCAAAAGCCAGAAACCUUCAAGGUACAAUUGUUUCGCACACAACAGCGAAGAUUCAACAAGGAUCUUUGCCAGAUAUUGAAAAAGAAAUUUUUAUGAGAAAAAGAGCCUGAACAGAUGAUCCAUAUGAAGAUGAAGAAGAAGAUGAUAUAAGCGGGAAACAAAUAAACAGCAAAUUGGAUAAGCUCGGAAAAGAUAUGAGCAAAAUGAAAAUUGAUAUAUACCAUUUCCAUUGAAUGGCCAAUCUCUGUAAUUCUCAUAUUAGCCAAUUAUAUAAGCCACGCAAAAAGGUAUGGAUAAAUAUGGAAAAAUGAUAGAAAAAAUCGCCAACUCUUGUGAUCGCACUCCGCUUAUAAAACUCAGGAAAUCCGGAUAA